GUGGGAGGUGGCGUGGAGGGAGGCCAGAGCGAACGCGGGAGCGCCAGACACAGCCUGGGUACCUGCCCCGUGGGUGCGUGCGCUGAGACCGAGGAGAAAGUUGGGGCGCCUGCGGAGACGAGAAAGGGUGUCGUCCUGACCCACCAGCAACAAUGGGCAGAAAACUGGAUCUCUCCAAGCUGACGGACGAAGAGGCCAAGCACGUGUGGGAAGUGGUUCAACGUGACUUUGAUCUUCGAAAGAAAGAGGAAGAACGAUUAGAGGAGCUGAAGGGCAAGAUCCGGAAGGAGAGCACGAAGAAGGAGCUGCUUUCGGGCCCGGCGCACCUGAACGAGACCCACUGCGGGCGCUGCCUCCAGCCCUAUCGCUUCCUGGUCAGCAGCAAGCGACAGUGCCUGGACUGUCACGUCUACACCUGCCAGAAGUGCGGCAGCUACAACCGGCGAGCGCAAGACUGGGUCUGCGAUGCGUGCCGGCUGGCCAGAGUUGUGAAGACAGGCUCCCUCGACUGGUACUAUGAGCAUGUGAGAGCAAGGUUUAAGCGUUUUGGUAGCGACAAAGUGAUGCGCUCUCUCCAUGGAAGGCUGCAGCUUGAACACAGUAACUCACCCGCUUCAGGUCUUCACAACAGAUCUCACAGCCUGCCAGACGUGAACAGUGGAGCGCAGCUCUCUCCUGUCGGAGGCAGUGGGGAAAGCGAGCAGACGUCUGAAGAUGAGGCUUUGGAUGGUGCCGAGGCUCAGCAUCUCAGCAGAGAAAAGCGGCUGCUGUCGGUUCACCCCUUUGACUUUGAAGUCGACUCUGACUGUUCAGCUCAGUCUUGUCCUCAGUCUCUGCAGCUUUGUCCAGCACCAACCACCCUGGACGGCUUUCAGGACGUGGGAUUUCACUCCUGUGACCAGACCCUCUCAGAUGCUCCCAGUGCUGACGACGACCACGAGGAAGCUGCCUCCCAGAAGGAUGCCCUGAUCACCGAUGCCAGCCUCGCCCCAGAGGCCGAGGACCUUCUCGAAGAGCAGGGAUGCAACAGCCCCAAGGUGUCUGUGCCCUCAGACCCCAGCCUGGAAAGAAAGCCCAGCCCUGAGGGAGAAGCCAUGGGGAGUGACCAGCCCCAGGUCCAGUACUUUGCCGACAUGGACACCUCAGACAAGGACCUUGAAGAGGCCCACCAGAUGGCAGCCCCCCCGGCCCACUAUUCCAAACGCAGAAGCUGGACUUCCUCCCCGGAAAGCACAGCUCCCUCUGAAACCCAGAUCUCUGACAUGAAUCGGCGCCUUCUGGUCAUCGAAUGCCUGCUGGCCCGGUUAGAGGAGAGAAUCCUGGUGCCCUGGGAGGAGUCCCUUGGGCCUGAGCCCCGCAAGGAUGCUGACAUAGAAGAGGAAGCCCUGAAGAGAAAACUUGGGGAGCUGACCAGCAAGGUCAGUGACAAGGGAGGGUCUUCAGAGGAAGAAGAGGAGGGCCAGAGUGGGCUGAGCCCAGGAGGGAGCUCUGUACCUGACAGCAGACCCAUCGAGGCACAGCAGGCUGGCCAGACACAUGGAGGGGAGAAUAGGCUUCUUGACCUUGAGGAACAAGUCCCACGCACCAGAAGCCCUGAGUCAGCGCUCUCGGAGCUGGAGGACAGAGUGACCUUGACGGCCGCUGAGGUUCAGCACGCGAAGAGGGAGGUGUCAGAUAUAAAAUCUCGAAUUGCUGCCCUCAGCGCUGCUGGACUCCUUGUCAAGACUUGGGAGAAACCAAGGAAUAAAUCAAACCUACAGAUACUUCCCCUGCAGCCCCCCAAGAGCAGCCUCGGAGUCGAAGAGCCGGAGCUCUCUGGGGCCAACAAGGUAAUGGCUAGGCCAAAUGUCCAGAGGAGAAUAUUCAAUAAUUCUCUCCAACUUCAAGACAGAGUUGAUGGCCCUUUCAGCCGAAUACCAGUUUACCGAGGGUCCUUGACCCAAAGAAAUCCCAAUGGGAAGAACAGAAGGGUGAAUCACAUCUUUGCGAAACCUGUGAUGAUCCAUCAACCUUAAAGAACACCUUCAACCUUGGAAGUCACAUAAAGAAUGACUCGUAUUUCCUCCACUAUCACUGCCAUUGUUUUCUUCUCCCUCCUCAAUUCUUUCCUGGAAAAAAGAGGAAACACUGCUUGUGUGGGAUUCCAGCUUCAAAAUAAUGACGGUUGUCAGUUUUUCCUCCAGCCCUCUGCAGAGUGAACUUAAGAAUUGAACUACAUGUCCCAUCACUUCCCAGACCACAGCAACCUACUUGCUACCUGAUGCUGUCUCUUUCCAGCUGGACAUAGAUUUAGAGCUAGGAGGGACCUUAGGGAACAUCUGCUCAUGGGAACACAGGAUCAUAGAUUUAGAGUAGGAAGAGACUUUUAAUCCAAUGCCUCCAUUUUACCCAUGAAAAUACUAACAUCCAGGAAGGGAAGUGAUUUGCCAAGGUCACCCAGGUAAAAAAUAGCAAAGCUGGGAUUUAAACCUAGGCCCCUUAAAAAGAGGAUAUCAACCCUCAAAGGACCCAUUUAGAUACCUAUUAGAUGAUCACUUUCUUGUAUUGCUUUUCUAACCACUGUUGCUACUACCAUAAUGAAAAGAAUGAAUGUAUCAAAGGCCACUGGAGAUCAACAUA